UUUGACGUUUAUUUUCUUCUGUCAUUUAGUUUUGCAUGGUGAUCUCGCCUGUCGUGAAAUACGAAGUUUUCUAUUUUUAUCCGCGUCAGGAGAUAAUAAUAAAAACAUUUAUGCAGUCCGACGACGAAGACACGCCACUGCAUUCAUGCUUCAAUUCGUUGAAAAGCGCAGUCAUGGGGUGUUGUUAUAGUAUAUGUCAUAAAGACAACGAUCCACAGGAAAACAUAGUGAACGAAAGGACACACCUGUUAGAAGUGACGGAGCAGCAGCAAGAGACGCCGGUGCCGGCGGCAUCUGCCACGACACCGCCGCGGAAACCAGACGAGCAGAGCCUACUCAACAGGAUACUGCAUGAGACUGCCACAUAUUUGUUGACUAAGUUUUGUAACUUUACUGCAUGUUUACGACAGAUUUUUUUGAAAUAUAUUCGCAGUAUAAUAAUUAUUGUUAUGAUUUCUAUAAUUGGUUUAUAUUUGUAUAAUUAAAACUGGAUGUCUUGUUAUCAUUUGCUGAUUGAAAUCUAUAUAAAUAUCGAUUAUGCAAGAAUACGAUCUGACAUCUCGCAAAACAAAUAAUAAUCGAGAUAUCAACCCUGUUUAGUUAUUGUUCCACUUCUGGGCCUCCUGUUCACCGCAUAGUCAUAUAAAACUUGCUAGAAUUUAAAUAAGAAAUUCUGAUGGACAAAUCCCUGGUAUAUAAGGUAUAUAAGAUGGACACUAGAUAGGAGUGUAUUUGAAUAAUCCGCCAUUAAAGAUUCUGCUGCUAAUCAAUAACAGGUAAAUUAAUAAAAUAAAAUACCUACCAUUUUGCCAACACAAUCAGCAAAUGAGUAAGUCUUUAUAAUUUGUUUAGUGGAAAAGCAAUAAAAUUAACUAAUUUUAAUUGUAAAUUUUUGACAUAUGUGUAUAGUUGAUUUUGCACGUCUCAAAUAUGAUAUAUUUCAGUUUGUUUAUGCAACAGUUUAUUGAGGGCUGAUUUUUCGAUCAAUUAAAAAUUAUUCAUUAAAUAAAUUAAAACCUGAAUAUAAAAGCGAAAACUGGACAACCUUAUUCAAAGAAGUGUUCAUGGUGUAUUAUCUUGUAUGAAUAAAUUUUAUAAUUAAAAAAAUAGCCCUAAGUCGCACAUGGUUCUGGCCAUGUCGAUAUCUCUUUGAAUAAGUAUGAGUAACUACAUAUUAUAUUUGAUUUUAAAAUACCUAUACCCGAAUAUAUUUGCGAUAUUAGGUCAUAUUUCAGUCUACGUGGAAAUUAUUUCAUUGAAAAUAUUAAAUUAUAUUUCUAGAUAAUUGAUUUUAAGACAUACUACUUAGUAAUAAAGUGCCUUUUCUCUCUCACUUGCAAUAUUUAAUUUAAUGUUUCUUUGUAUAUUUAAUACCAGCUUAAUUCAUGUUAUUGCCGAUUUUAAAAAGAAGGAUAUCAGAGAUAUUAUAGAGACAGAAACACUUCGAGUAUAGUACUCGGCAGUAAAUGUACUUCGAACAGUAGGGAUAGUAUAGCAAUAGAGGCUUUGUAUAGCGUCGUCUCUUUCACUCGCUCUUAUUCUACGUUUUGUCGCUGACUUACCUGUUUUUUUACAUAAGAUGUAAUAUUUACUGCCGUGUGCAAUGCAACCUAUUUUCUAUAUUUUCUGCAAAAUUUUGACACAAAAUGUAACAAGUCAACGACAAUUUAUAAAUUCUUAUUAUAUAUUUUUUUAUUAUAAUUCAAUUAUUAAUAUGUUGGUCAAUUUUAAGUUUAUUGUUUGUGUAAACUUAAUAUUUUGUCUAAUAUAAAGUAUAUUAUGUAAACAAUUGUAUCUUAAUGAAUUUUGAACUUGUGUCAAAUAUAUUAAGAUAAAUCUGAUUCAAAAUAAUUUUCAUUCAAGAUAUUAGUCACGGCUGGGUCGGAGAAUAGGGGGUCUAAAAUGGUUCUUGAAUUAAUUGUUUUAAUGUAUGAAAUGGGAGGAAUAUUAUUCUAAAAUAUUCAUUUAGGCCCACAGAGUUCUAAAGACCCUAGAAAUGGAGGUGAGAAAUAAUAUAAAACGUAUUUAGCUAUGUAAAAUGCUAUAUGUAAGUUCAGAUAGGAAGUGCUUUAUAACUAUAUGCCGCCGAAAAUUUUUAUACAUAAUUGAUAUGCUAAGUACCCAGAUACCGCGACGAGAUGACUGAAUGAUUGUAAAUAUAAAUUAAUGACGCACGCAUUUCUGAUAUGUUGUGAACACAUCCUUAGAUGAAAUAUGAUAUGCAAUAAUAAAACUAAAUUAUGUUGCAAAGGUAACAAUAAAGAAAAAAGUUCUUACCUAUCAAAGAUGCGUGUUGAAACUGAUUGGCUGUAGUAUAAUUGAGCUGAAAAUUUCAAUGAUUCUAUUCGUUUGAAAUAUCUGAUGACUUCGUUUUGUUGCACGCACUGUAGCACCUAUCAGAUAGGCUUCAUUCACAUCAUUGCGAAAUCAUAGCAGCAAAAACACCGGUAUUCAACAUUGCAAUUACAUUAGCGCGGGAAAGAGAUAUCUUAAUGAAACAAAACAACUAAAGGUAAAUAUAAUAUCAUGCAUAAUAUGAUAUUACUCUUGAAAAGAUUAACAAUAAAAAAACAAGGCAUCAAAACAAGAUUAACAAUUUUUAUAUGGUUUAAAGUUAUAGUGAAACGAUUGGUUUAGCUAUCAUGGACUCGCGGAUGUGCAUGAAGCCACAUCAAAAUACUUGCGUGUGACGUCAUCUGAAGUCAGAUACUACAUACGGAUAGUGUACUGUUUAUUGGAUUGGUAUUAAAAAUCGCUAUGGAAAAGUCGUUUUGGAAAGGGCAGUUGUUUUUAUGAAUUUAAAAUGUAUCAAAGUACACGUAUUGAAAAUAAUUUCAGAGUUAACAUAUACCUUGCCUUUGUGAAUUUUUCCCGGAUAUUUAUAAAAAAAAUCUGAACGUUUAUUACGCACACGACGUUUAUUAAACGGAUGACUACGCGCUUCAAAAUAAAUCUAAAUCGCGUAGUAAACGCGAUGCAGUCGGGAACCGUGUACUUUCUUACACAAACAUGCAAGACAGAGUGUAUUAAAAACGCGCGUUUUAAGACCGUUUAGAUAUCGUCGUGUGAAUACGUCCUUAUUUAUUAUAUUUUUUUUUGGUUUGAUUUACUCCUUAAGGAGAAGGCAAAGGCUCUCAGCCAUACAACCUUAUUUAUUAUAUUUAAAAAAAUAUUUAGCAAUCGGUGGCAAACAUUAUUUGCUUAUAAAAUGAACAGGACAAGGAAACUGGGUUAUGAUGCUAAUUGUGUUGGUUGUUGAAUGAUAAUUAUAUUAUUUGUAAUGUUAGAUAAUCAUUUUGUUGUAAUAUGCACGUCUUUAAUGUGUAAUAAUAAAGUGAUAUAAAUUUCUA